GCAAGUUCGGACCCCGACGAACUUCGCGUUGCGCAUGGUGUGGGUACUGAUUGUGUCCUUUCUCGCGAACAGGUUGCGUGAUGGAGGGGACCUUCUCGACACCACGCAUCUUCGAGUCGAUCUUAUCGAGACCAUAGGCCAUGAGUGCCGAGACGCGCAUUCGCUUGGCAGAACCUUUUCGUCCUUGUGCGAAAUCCGUGCGGCAUUUCAACGGUGUGACAACGAUCCACGGAGCGACCGCAGAGGACUUCGACGAGGACCCAUGGAUGACCGUCGUCCCGUGCAUGGACGCGCAUGUUGACAACUGGGGCGAGGGCAAUUGGGACAAUAUGGAGACUCACUGCCCUUGGGCAAGCCAGUACAAGUUCGCGAAUAUGUCGGAGUUCGGGGACCUCAUCCCACUGCCUGACGCCGUCCUCGGACAUAAGUUCCUGAACCAUAUGCGGAAAGCACUAAGCUGCAUUAGCCGCUAUUUCAGUCGCCUCGAGUGCCACAACGUCAGGUCAUCGCCACAAACUUGGGGUGGCUCACGGAAACAAGAGUUGGUGGACUGCGCUCGUCGCUGCUCGUUCCUGGACCAGUACCCGCUCCGUGGCCCCGGAAUUUCUCCACGAGCUGUGUCGUACUGCUGUGUGCGGUUGACUGUGUCCGGAUCUGAUUUCGCCAGAGUUCUGUGUGUCGCUGCUUCAAACAAGAGCAGGAAACUCGUCGACGCAGUUGUGCUCGUGUCGCGCAACGAGGUUGUGAUUGAAGGGUCCAAAUUCGUGCCGAUGCGUGGGCCUGAACGUGUGGAUGGGUGGCCAGAUUUGGUGAUAGCAGACAAUAUGUCUUCGUCCAGGGGCGAAGGGGAGCCUGCAGCGACCUCCGGGAUGGGAUCUGGGAAAAAUUCUACAAAACGGCCGUCUACGACCUCGAGGACGUGGUCCGACCACGCUAGGUCGAAAUGGUUCGUCGACUGGUGCUGUGCUGAUGCUACGAACCCAGUCCAACAGCCGUGUGGUUCUGUGAUCUUCGUCGAAGCCAACAAGCGCCGCAGGGUUCUGGGGGCUGUCUUGCGGUGGGAGAAUGCGAAAGGCAGUCGUCGACGGUUUUACAUGAAAAAUGUGUACGGUUCGAAGGGGAACGCCGUAGCCGGUGCCAAGGGGGCAGUUCUCGACAUGUGUCUGUUCGAGGGGUUCGGAGCGGGUGCUGCAAACACCCCGUUCUACAACGACCUCCGGCAGCAGGGCGGGUUUGUUUUGGGUCGACAGUUCUUCGACCUGUUGGAGGACAAGGGCAUUGCCCUCGAUGUCCCUUGUGAAGUCGGUCCCGACCUGGAACUGUCAAUGCCUUUGCAGCCGUGCGGCGGUUGUGAGUCGAGCGGGGCAGCGGGGGAGGGGGGGGAUCUGGGUUCCGGGGAGGCUACACAUGUGCAGCGGGAGGAUGCCAGAGGUCAGUUUGACGACAAAGAAGAUGAGGCGAUACCGCGUCCGCCGUUUUCGCCGUCGAGGGAAAGAGACAGGUCCGUGCUGUCCAUACCUGGGGUCCGGCAACAGACCGCAGCGGAUCCCGGAGAAGAGGGAGUCCUGUGUGGGUCUGACUUGGAGCCCGCCGAGGGCCAUGGCGCGGAAGGCGAGGCCGUGGGCGGGGAGGAAGUGCGGGGCACUCCCCAAAAAAGGAAGGGACAAUGUCAAGAAGAGUUGGUGGGAUCUUCGAAGAAACAGAAGACCAAGACCCCGAGGACUGUGGGAGAGAAACGGAAGGGGAGGGGGGUGGAAGAGGGCCACCCGGAUAGCAAACCUCCAGCUUCGAAACAUAAACAGCCUGAGUCGGGACCUUCUUCACCGCGGCCUGCCAUCGACGUGGACGCCGGGUACGUCAUGGAGUACAAAGACGGCGUCAGGACAAGGUGGGAGUUUGAGAUCAGCCCGGCUCAGAUCGUUGACAUGAGGGAGUGGGAGGAUCUUUACAACCAGCGGUCGCUAGAUCCUGUCCUCGUGGAAACGAUAAGGGAAGCAAUGCGGUCUGCGUUCGAAAAUAAAGAACAGACGUACGAGUUGCCGGUCUUCAAGCUCGCACCACUGGGGCUUCAAAAACCAACUCCUGGGACCAAGGCACAACGUCUGAAGCCAGAGGAGUGGAAGGAUGAGCUGGUGGGAGAAUACUUCUACUACGCGGUGUGCGGGCAGCACAACGCGGCUGCAGCUAGGUCGCUGCUCGGCAGCGAGGUGGCCAAGAAACUGAAGAGCCGGGAAGUAGCACUUGCCGAAGGCAUCGUUCACAUUAAAUGGAAAGACGCGGGGAACGUGACAUCCAUCGCGCCGUUCGCCAACGACCCUUUAGAGGCGGACAUCAGGGGCGCAGAGCUGAAGGAGGCAGUGACUGCCACAAAGAGCCACACGUUUGUCCUCGAUCUGUGCGAGCCGGUUGACCUCAAACUGUGGAAGCCCCAAGCGUGGGAGACUUUGAAUUCCUAUCUUCAGACGUGGUGUCCCUCGCAUUGGACUCUCGUUGUUUUCGUGCCGCGGCAGCACAACCUGUCGUUUCUCGCCAGCAUGCAUCAUCUUUCUUUCGUCAAGCUGUUGGAAGGGAAGUGGGUGCGGAGAGUGCAGCAAAAAAAAAGCUUCCCCGUUGGGAACAAUUUGUACACGGAGGAAGACCGCAUGUACAUCCUCUUCAAGGGUGACGAUCUGCGCGUCAACACGUCCGUGGUCUACGAGGGAAACCUGCCCACGGGUGCCGCUGCUGCGGUGCGAUUGCCUCAGAGGGUCACCCAAACGGAUGUGUCCGAGAUUCCUUUAAUGCCUUGCGACUGGUCGCUGGUGGCGCCUGAACGACAGGGCAACGUCUACGGGGAUAUGGAUCGCAAUCCGACCCAAUUCGUCGGUCUUCUUGAUUUUCUUGGCAAGAAGGGAGAGGGUGUCGUGUUCCUUGGGAAACCGCACGCGCGAAGCGUCUGGGAGCUUCUGAAGGCCGGUCGGCUUGUUGUCGCAAUGGAAGGGAACUCCGACCUCUUGCAAUUCACAAUGCAGGUGGUGAAAAGCGAGGUCAAUUCGAGUGGGCACAAUUAUGAGUUCAUGGUCGUGAGGCCAACACGGGAUAAGGACAAGUGCUGGUUGGAAUUGACGGAGGACUACUACGAGCUCGACACGAGUCCGUCGAAGGGCGUGGUGGACUGGAAAGCGCCCCCUCCCAGUGGGCCGGACGGUGGUUCCGGGGGGGGGUCACCUGGAAGCAGAGGGGAUGGGGGUCGCGACGCAGGGGGUGGCAAAGGAAUCCCGCCUAUGGGGGAGAGAGGGUCUCACGGCCGCAACACAACACCGGGAGGCAGCGCCGGGGUAGCGGGUUUCGCCGUCGACCGGACUCCGUCAACAGGCACCCGGCCCGAGCACACGACACACUCCGCCGACCCCCAGACUUCGUCCGUGGGCUCAGCGAGGGACACGUUGGCAGCCUUGGUUGCUCUGGGCAGUCGCUCGGCCAGAAAGCCGAAGUCCGCCAGGAUCCGAACUACGUUGGGUGAGGAGCCGCCAGAGCGGUCCGGAAUGCGAAGCUGCUUUGGGUCGGGGGAUCCAAGCACGAAUCGAGAAAUUCGCAGCAUUGCGGCGCGGGACUGAGACGUCGGAACGGUGUCGCCUGAGCGGGAGCGACGGCCGCAAGGAUUGCAGCGGGAGGCUGCAAGUGCAAGGUCCGGCGACACGGAGACCACGAAGUCC